UUGGAUCAAGUUCUGCGCCACGCCAUGAAAACCGCGAAUCAAAUCGUUGGCUGUUUCCGAGUACCCUCAAUUCAAACAUCAACAAUCUUUUCAUAAAUUUUGCGACAAAAACGAAACCAUCCCGAAAAAACAAAAACUACAACAUUCGCUACUUGUUUUUAGAAGAUCAAUGCUUCGAUUUCAAUGAUUUUUUUGACUGUCGGCUUUCGAUUCCGUUGUUUUGGUCGUUGAAAUCGAGAAGGAAGCUUCGGAUCUUCCAAAAUUCCCCUCUGUAGAAUAUUCUUAUCCAAUCAUUGAUCUGCAAGUUUGAAGGCGCCGGAAAGUCGAUGAACAGGAAUUGAGAUGGGGUUUUUCGGUACUAUAUUGGGUUUUUUUGGAUUUGGAGUCGGCAUCUCCAUCGGCCUUGUUGCUGGUUACUUCCUUUUCAUCUAUGUUCAACCUAAUAAUGUUGAGGAUCAUGAGAUUCGACCGCUUGUCGAAGAGGACACAAUAAGAUUACAGCAAAUGCUUCCUGAGAUACCACUUUGGGUGAAAUGUCCAGAUUAUGAUCGUGUUGACUGGCUUAACAGGCUUAUUCAAUAUAUGUGGCCUUACCUUGAUAAGGCGAUAUGCAAAACAGUAAGAGAUAUCGCUAAACCUAUAAUUGCAGAGCAAAUUCCUAAGUUUAAGAUCGAUUCCGUUGAUUUCGAAGCACUCACAUUGGGGUCCUUGCCGCCGACGUUUCAAGGCAUGAAAGUGUACGUUACUGAUGAGAAGGAGCUGAUAAUGGAACCUUCAAUAAAAUGGGCUGGAAAUCCAAAUGUCCUGAUAGCAAUCAAGGCAUUUGGACUGAAAGCAACAGUUCAGGUUUUAGAUUUGCAAGUUUUUGCAGCUCCACGUAUUACCUUGAAGCCAUUGGUUCCAAGCUUUCCUUGUUUUGCAAAUAUCUUCGUCUCGCUCAUGGAAAAGCCACACGUUGAUUUUGGCCUAAAACUUGUUGGGGCUGACUUAAUGUCAAUUCCAGGUCUCCACCACUUUGUCCAGGAGACCAUUAAAGAUCAGGUUGGCAACUUGUAUCUAUGGCCUAAAACCUUGGAUAUAGCAGUCAUGGACCCAUCAACAGCGCUAAGGAAGCCGGUUGGUAUCCUAGAUGUGAAGGUUGUGAGGGCAUUGAGGCUAAAAAAGAAAGACCUUUUAGGUGCAUCAGAUCCUUAUGUAAAGCUGCAGCUUACAGAGGAAAAUCUACCUUCAAAAAAGACCACUGUGAAGCAAAAGAAUUUGAAUCCAGAAUGGAAUGAAGAGUUCAAUUUUGUGGUUAAAGAUCCAAAUUCCCAAGCCAUAGAGUUCCAAGUUUUCGACUGGGAGCAGGUCAGUAAUUUUGAUGUCCUUUCCUUGAAUCUGUUCUAUUUAGGCUCAUAUAGUUUAUGUUUAAAGGUUGGAAAGCAUGACAAAAUGGGCAUAAAUCUAGUCCCUUUGAAAGAGCUUUAUCCGGAUGAGCCAAAAAUCUUCACGCUUGACCUGCUCAAGAACAUGGACUUGAAUGAUGUUCAAAAUGAGAAGAACAGGGGACAAAUUGUGGUUGAGUUGACGUAUAAACCAUUCAAGGAAGAUGAAUUAGCUGGAGAUUUUGAUGAUUCACAGAAGAAGGUAAUGGAUGCUCCUGCAGGAACGCCAGAAAAUGGAGGUCUACUCGUAGUUAUUGUUCAUGAAGCUCAAGAUGUUGAAGGCAAGCACCAUAACAAUCCAUAUGUGAGGCUUCUCUUCAAAGGAGAAGAGAAAAGAACUAAGCGUCUGAAGAAGAACAGAGACCCAAGAUGGGAAGAGGAGUUUGAAUUUAUGCUGGAAGAACCACCCACAGAUGACAAAUUAUAUGUGGAAGUUCUCAGCUCCUCAUCAAGAAUGGGCCUCUUGCAUCCCAAGGAAUCGUUGGGGUACGUGGAGAUAAGUCUGGGCGACGUUGUUACGAACAAAAGGAUAAACGAAAAGUACCACCUUAUAGACUCAAAGAAUGGAAGGAUUCAAAUUGAGUUGCAAUGGAGGACUUCAUCUUGAGCUCACCAUUUUUUUCUUGCUUAAAUCUUCAGAGGAAUACAGCAAGAGACAGGAAACACAUUUUUCUAAUACAUAUUCAUUUCUUAUACUUUUCAUCGCCCAUACAAAUAAAGAGGUUCUGAGUUUAGUUUUUAUUUGAACCCGAACAUUUCAUCGGUCGUUAUAAAUCUUACUCUAUUCGUUUUGA